AAAAGGUUAAAGAAAAUGAAAAGGAAGCUAAAGUGAAGCAAGAAAUAAUUAGCAAUUUAGAAGAAAAUGUUAGAGAACGGGAAGAAAAAAUUAAUAAGAAGGUUAAAGUACAAGAAAAUGAAGCUAAAUCCAAUCAAAGAAUAAUUAGCAUUCUUGAAGAAAAAGUUAAAGAUCAAAAAAAAGAAAAUAAAGACAAACAAGAAACAAUUAGCAAUCUAGAAGAAAUGGUUAUAGAGCAGUUAGAAUUUAUUAACGAUUUAAAAGAAAAGAUAGGAGAAAGGGAUGAAGUAAUAAAGGCAAAUUAA